CCGCCGACGAUCGACCCACCGCGGCUGUAGUGUACUGUUAGUGACUGCGUUGCUGCCGAGUGCCGACUAGUGUGGUCUGUGUCAGUAGUCACCGACUGCCGUCCCUUACUUUUCUGACUGCCAUUCUUCUUCUCUCUCUUUUUCUCUCUCUUUUUCUCUCUCUUUUUCUCUCUCUUUUUCUCUCUCUUUUUCUGACAUUGUGUCAACUCACUCAGUCGUCGCCAUGUUGGAGAAAACCCCCCGGCUGCCGGUCCGGCAGCUGCUUAUUCUCUCAAUAUGUCGUUUCGCCGAGCCUGUGGUGUUGACUUCCGUCCUGCCCUACCUUCCCGAAAUGAUCGAAUACGUGGGCGUCCCCAAACCCGAAGUCGCCAAAUGGGUGGGCAUCACCUCCGCCGUAACUUCCAUCAGCCAAGCCGCGAUGGCCGUAUCCUGGGGCACCGCGUCCGACACCGUCGGCCGCAAACCCAUCAUCCUAAUCGGACUCACCUGCACCAUGUUCUUCUCGUUGUUGUUCGGCUUCUCGCAAACGCUCAGCAUGCUAGUCAUUUCGCGCGCCUUUCUGGGCCUUAUGAACGGGAAUGUAGGGAUUAUUCGUACCAUGGUGGCGGAGAUGGUGCCCGAGAAGGAACUCCAGCCGAGAGCGUUUAGUAUUAUGCCGUUGGUGUGGACGAUUGGGAGUAUCUUUGGCCCGGCGUUUGGGGGGGCGUUGGCGAGGCCGGCGGAGAAGCAUCCGGAGUGGUUUGGGGAGUCCCUGUUUUUGAGAAGGUUUCCGUUUGUGUUGCCGAAUAUUGCGGCCGCGGGGUUGUUUGUUGUCGGGAUUGCGACGGGGGUGUUGUUUUUGCAGGAAACGUUGGCGGCGAAGAAACAUCAUCGGGAUUAUGGUUUGGUAUUGGGGGAGGCGUUGACGAGGUCGUGUACUUGGCGAAGAAAGUCGCACGCGCCGGAUGGCGAGCGGGCUGCGCUGCUGCCUCGGAAGCAGAAGCCGGUCAAGCGGCCCAGCUGGAGUGAGGUGUUUUCACCGCAGUCGCGUCGGGUGUUGCUGGCGUAUGCGCUCAUGUCGAUGCACACGAUGGCGUUUGAUUCGCUGCUGCCGGUGUUUCUGCAUAACCCGGUGCAGGAGCUGGAGGGGAAUCCGGAUGUACGAUUGCCGUUCAAAUUCGUGGGAGGGUUUGGUGUGGAUUCUCAAACCAUCGGCAUCUUCUACACCCUGAUUGGCAUCAUCGGCAUGUUCGUCCAGUUUUCGGUGUUUCCGUGGGCGGCCAAACGCUUCGGGGUCCUCAAUUGCCUCAAGGUGGUUGCGACCGUCUUUCCAAUUCUGUACCUUCUGACGCCCUUCACGGCCCUUGUGCCAGAGCCGCUGCGCAACGUGACAGUCUUCUUCCUCAUGUUGGGCAAACUGUCCGCAUCGAUCUUUGGAUUUCCCUGCACGACCAUUCUGCUCACCAACUCAGCCACGAGCCUCGGUGUACUGGGUACAUUGAACGGGGUCGGCACGAGCGUGAGUGCCAUCGGUCGUGCCGUGGGACCGGCUGUGACGGGACAAGCGUUCACGUAUGGCGUCAAGCAGGGAUACAUUUUGAUUCCGUGGUGGUUGUUGGCGGUAUUUGGGGGGUUGAGUGCGAUUCCGGUGUUUUAUACGGAGGAGUCGGAUGGAUUUCAUGCUGAUGAUACCGACGAGGAGGCUGAAGAGGAUGCUGAAGAGGAGGAAGAGAGAGGACAAGGGUAUGGAAGUACCCGGUAG